UAUUACGCAAUAUUAACAUUGACUUUUGUCUGCAGUAGAGACCGCGGUGAGGCAGAAUCCUCGAAAAAACCAGCAAAAUUUGAUGAGCAGUGACCGAAUUCACAAUUGAAUAAUCAAAAUGAAGGAUGAAGGACCACAGACAAUGCUACAUGAGUUCUAUUCUCUGCAGGAGGAGAGAGUCAAAGUCUACAAAUUAUUAGAUGAAGGGCAUAAAGCAUACUUGAAUACAUCACCAGACUAUGACUUUGAAGCAUACCGUCAGGUAGUACAUGACAGAACAGAGGAUUUCAAGCGUAUCUCCCAGAGAAUCAUCAGCAUUGAGGCGGCGUUUCGAGAAGAGUACCAGAAAGUUGCCGUUGCUGAUUGCUUGAAGAAGAUACAGGAAGCAGAACAGGACAAACUUGAAAAGACUGCAGCCUUUCAACUGACAAAACAGAAAUUGCAGGAUGAGCCUGGUUGUGACGAGUUCAAGAGGGAGGUUUCUGAUCUGAAAAACGGAUUGGCACAGGUAAUGGAGAAGAUAACGGAUGCAAUGGAAGAUAUGAAGUAUGAAACUGAAGGCUUAUGACAGCAUCUCCUAGACAAUGAACAGUCAAAUCUACUGCAGUAACGACCUCUGCAGGAAAGACUGAUCAGAUUCCUUUGAGAAGUGAUUCAGGGGGUCAUCCUGCUUCUCUGGUGCAGGGUCUCGGCCAGGGGGUUCCCCCAUUUGCUUCUCUUCAACUAAUAUGUAAAUCCAAUAUUGGAUUGAAGUUUCAUCUAAACUAACUUUGAGUUGAACAAAAGAAGUUGGACCGUGGUCUAAGUCUUCUCUUUGUUUAAAAAUGACUGGUUCCUAGCACCGGUUCAAAUUGAUAGAAUACGAUUAUGGACCAUUCAGAUCAUCAGGAGAACAGGGCUUUGGCAGGUGCAAACGGAGUUGGUGUUCCAGUAUCGUUUCCACCUCAAUGGGGACAGGGGUUGUUCAAAUCUGUUGCAAUUUCUUUUUUUAGUUUCAGCCUGCAGAAAUAAAACAAUGUCAGUUUUCUGAUUUCUGGAGGUUAAAGGGAUAGUUGAGUUCUGUUUUCAGAGUGCAAAUGCCUUCAAAGUGCAUGGUUAUUGCUCUUAUUCUUAUCUAUGACAUUUCUAGUGC